AUGACGCUCCCAACAGUCCCGCUCCUAAUAAACAACACCUCCGAAACCCCGACUCAAACCUUCGAAGUAAUAAGCCCCUACACAAACAAACCCUGCUGGACCGCUGCCGCCGCAACACCAGACGAUGCAAUCCGCGCCGUCGAAGCAGCCAACGCCGCCUUCCCAGCCUGGUCACAAACAAAGCCCACCGCGAGACGCGACAUCCUCCUCAAAACCGCCGAUAUCCUCGAAUCCCGCCUGGAGACAUGCGCCGAAUACAUGCGCACCGAGAUGGGCGCCGACGUAGGCGCAUCCCAGAUGUUCGUCGUGCCCUUAGCCAUCCGCAUGCUGCGCGAGGUCGCCAGCCGCACCACCAGCAUCUGCGGUAGUGUCCCCGUAGUCGAGACAGAAGGCCAGAGCGCCAUUGUAUACAAGGAAGCGAUGGGUGUAAUUCUGGGAAUUGUACCUUGGAACGCGCCCUACGUCUUCGGUAUCCGCUCUGCGGCUUGCGCCCUUGCGGCCGGCAACACGACUAUCCUCAAAUCCUCCGAGCUGACACCCCGCUGCUACUGGGCUAUCGGCCAGGCAUUCGUCGACGCUGGUCUCCCCGCUGGCUGUCUGAAUGUCAUCCACUGUGCGCCGCUGGAUGCUCCCGCUGUUGUCAAUGCCAUGAUCGAGCACGAGGCCGUGCGCAAGAUCAAUUUCACGGGUAGUACGGCCGUUGGUCGAAAGAUUGCGCGCGCCUGCGGUCAGAAUCUAAAGCCGUGUCUUAUGGAACUAGGUGGCAAGAAUAGCUCAAUUGUGUGCGCGGAUGCAGACUUGGAGGUUGCAGUGCAGGGUGUUUUGGCUGGUGCUUUCUUGAAUUCGGGCCAAAUUUGCAUGGCAACAGACAGAAUCCUGGUCCACACCUCCAUCCUACCGGCCUUUACAGAAGCCCUCCAAAAAGCCCUCGCAGCAGGCGCUGCCGCUGCCUCACAGCCCCCAACCCUCGUCAAUACGGCCUCGAAAUCCCGUGUUGAAGCCCUUAUCGCCAGUGCCAUUGCCGCCGGUGCCCACUUCAUCUCCGGCUCCGACAUUCCCUUCCCCACCAGCCCCGACGCCGGCGUGCGCAUGGCGCCUGCUGUGCUAGGCGGUGUCAAAGAAGAAAUGGCAUUGUGGCAGGAAGAGUCCUUUGCUUCUGUUGCGGCGUGCAUGCCUUUUGAUAGUGAAGAUGAGGCGAUUCGGCUGGCGAAUGGCAGUGGGUAUGGAUUGUCGGCGGCUGUGUUUACCGAGGAUUUGAGAAGGGGGUUAGCUAUGGCCAAGAGGAUUCAAUCUGGGGCUGUUCAUAUUAAUAGUAUGACUAUUCAUGAUGAGCCGGCUCUGCCUCAUGGCGGAGUUAAGAAUAGUGGCUGGGGUCGGUUCAAUACUGAUGAGGGAUUGAAUGAGUUUUUGGUUACGAAGAGUGUUACCUGGAUGGAUUAG